AAGAGUUCAUGGUUUCUGGUUUGCAUAAUAGCAGAGGCUGAAUACGCAUAAAGGAGACUAUAGUGCGGGUGAGAAGUGUCAAGCCCCUUGCAAGGCUUUGCUCUGUAUAAAAGAAGAAAUGAAUCCUACAAACGAUGAUCAAGUGUUUGGGACAAUUUUUGACUGGGACUAUCUCUUAUGGGAAGUUCGUUUGACAUUUUUAGCUGCUGGUUUUUUAAUCUACUUGGGAGUAUUUCUUCUGUCUCACUGGUUGUCUUCAUGGAUAAGUAGCACUUAUCGUGCCUUGUAUGCAAAGGAGAAGGUGUUUUGGAAUAUGGCGGUCACACGUGGUGUGUUUGGACUUCAGAGUUGCGUUGCUGGGUUAUGGGCUUUGCUCAUAGAUCCUGUUUUUCAUGCUGACAAAGUGUAUUCACAGCAGAAGUGGAGUUGGUUUAACUGUUUAAUAGCGGCUGGAUUUUUCUUGCUUGAAAAUGCAGCUGUUCACAUGUCCAACGUUAUUUUUAGAACAUUUGAUGUGUUCUUGGUAGUUCAUCACUUGCUUGCUUUUGGUGGCUUGGCUGGUCUAGUAAUUAAUGUGAAAUCUGGACAUUAUCUGCCUUUGAUGGGAAUGUUGCUGGAGAUGAGUACUCCCUCAACAUGCAUUUCCUGGAUGCUUCUAAAGGCUGGCUGUGCCAAUACCUUCUUCUGGAAGGCAAACCAGUGGGUGAUGAUCCACCUGUUUCACUGCCGCAUGAUUCUUACUUACCACAUGUGGUGGGUGUGCAUUUUCAAUUGGAAUUCUGUGAUGGAAAAUCUGGGACUUCUUCAUUUUAUUGUUUUAUUCUCGGGAUUAUUUGCUGUUACACUAAUACUUAACCCAUACUGGACAUACAAAAAAACUCAGCAACUCCUCAGCCCAACUGACUGGAACUUUGAAAAUAAAGCCAUGGAAAAUGGAACAUUAAAUGGUGAAACACAUCAAAAGAAGAGCAUAUAACACUGAAACAGCUGUUUCCUAGUAAGAUAGUGGGAGAAUACAAUGCGAAGUAAUUCUUUGCCCAUGAACUAGAAACUUUUGCAAGAAGCUCAUUAACACAGUGAUUCCUUGCUGGUAGUAUUCUGUAUGCAUCAGAAGUAUUUAAAAGCGUUGUUUGUGUUUCAUAUGUGCAUACACAUAAGAUCUUCAACUUCUUAGUAAUGAAUUACCCUAACAGUUUUGUAAGGUAGGACAGUAUUUCAUGAUUUAGUAGUGACAUGCUCUCUAAUGGUAUCCUUUGUCCUAAUGCUUCAAAGUGGCUUUACAGUUAAUUUGUCUAUUAAGCUCAGCUUGAAUCAAGUUUAGCUUGAAUCGUAUUUCUCAUGUGGUGGAGAUACUGAUACUGGAAAUUAUGUUAAGUUAUUUAUUAAGAUCAAUUACGACCCAAGUUAGGUAUGCAUGGGUACCUAGUUCCUGUGUGCCAUUAAAUCAUUCCAAGUGGCUGAAUUGGUCACGUGGCAGAAUGCAGUCAUGGCUGGGGUUUGGGUUGUUUUUUUGGUUCUUUUUUUUUUCUUUUUUCUUCUAAGUGCACUUGAGGAAGAGGAAGAUAAUUGUUUGAGUGUUCACUGUCGAAGUGAGCUGUAGUUUCCAGGUUGCCCUCAGUAUGGUAGGAGUUCAUAUCCACCACAAACUUUCAUGUGGGGAUGCAGGUAUUCGUUAAGACACGUGGUCUAGCUAGGUAAUCAUAGUGGUUCUUUCUGGACUUUAAAUCAAUGAAAUGUAAGAGGCAACAACAGAAUGUUUGGCUCUGUUUCAUCCUUGAAAAGAUUGCUGGUUGGUUGAUAAAAUUAUUUUCUUUGUAGGUCCCACAUGAGUGGUCAUGCAAUUAGUUCCACUAGUCCUCCUGUUAUGGUUCCUCUCAUUUUUGGAAAUUCUCUUAGUUUUAGAAUCUGAGGUGACUCCACUGUGGAGGAAAGCCCAUAUCACCUCCUUUAGGAGUUCAGUUGUUCUUUUAGUAUUUUUAUUUUACUUAGAAUAACAUACAAAGUGACGCUAACAAUCCUUUGCACUUUAUCUGCCACAUCACUAAAUCUUUCCUUGACGUAAGGAAUAGGGUUGCUUUUUAGAUAGGGGCUUGGCAAAUUGUGGUGGAUGUUCUCCCAGUAAUAGUCUUGGUCUGACGGUUCCUGGGUGAGAUGUUGGACAGUGGACGAAGGUAUAAAGAUCACGAUAGAAGACAGUGACGCCUAGUGGCAGGAGAGCCACAAAGAUACUAAUUAGUUUUGGUGCACUGAACUACUGAGAUAAAAAGCCUGUCGUUUGAAACUUUGUCGUAUAUUGUGACGUGACUGCUGCAAAGAUUUAUUUUCCAAAGUAGUAAGACUGGGAAAGCCCAAGCUGUGAAGAAUUUUAGGUCAAGGCAUGUGUUAGAGGCUUUGUGUACUGAUCGGUGGUGGAGCACAUUGUUUUAAAUGUGUAAGGGAAGCUCUGUUUGCUGUAAACAAGCCCAUUUUAUUAAUUUUUGGUGGGAAUGUCUGAUUUUGUUCUGAGCGAAGGGAGGAAGCUAGUGUUCAGGUUGCUGUGUGCCCUAACUCACUUUGUGUGAGCACAGAGUUGAAGAGCUGCUCUAUGAGGGAGAGGAAACUUCUUACUAUGAGGUCACAAAUGUAUAGCCAGAUCUUGUUGAUAAUGAUGAAGUGGUGAAUAUCUGAAAUUGCCCAUUCACUACUAGGCUGAGAGGGUCAUAGUAAUUUUACACAGCAAUCCUAUCUGUUAUCCUGCUGAUAUUCAAUAGAGAAAAUCUAAAUUUUGUGCUACCUUCCUAUUUCUAAGCAGGCCAGAAUGAGGUUGCAGUGUUUUGGCAGUGUCACCUCUCUGGAUGCCAUCCUAUAGAAAAAAGCGUUCUCUAAAGCUUGAAAUUGCGUACCUCUCCUGAGGGGCUGUGUGGGGGAGAGUAAUGUUAAAAGUAUUUUAGAAGAAAGCAGAGGGAUGAAUUCCUCAGAAACAGAACCCAAAUAUGUGAUCCAAAUGUAUAUCAUGCAGAAUCCAAACCUCACUUGGGGGGGAAGGCAGAGGAUAAGUCACCAGAUAUCAAAAUGAUGGUGUGCUCUAUGCAGCUUAAAACCUAAAGGUUUGGAUUCGAUAAGACAAGGUAAUAAUUAUAAAAAUCCCAGCUACAGAAUUCUGAAGAAUCCUAAGAGAAAACAGAAGCAUCAGAAGAGAAUAAGUUUGGGCCAAGUGUGUAAUUCUUACAGUGGCUGGCUAAAGGAGGUGAAGUUUCUAUGUGCUAAAAUAAAAGAAUUUGGAGGGUUGGGGUUAGUAGUGAAUUUGAGACUGAAAAAAGAGAUUAGGUGUGGUACAAGCAGACAGGUAGAUAGUUAUGUCAGUGGCACCAGACUUCAAAGUUUAAUAUUUUGUAUUGUGUAAUGUUAUUAAGUGGAUUUUAAAUCUUUCAUUAAAAGUAUUUUUUACCAUAAUAAGGCAAUCUUUUUAGUAUGCAUCUUAGUGUGAGUUUUUUCACACAAAGACUGUUAUGGCAUAUCUCAAAUCUUUUGCAUGUCUUAACUAUAUAAUUAAUAAUACCUAAAAGCACCUGUUAACCUGGAUACUGCUAGAACAAGAGAGCUAUGCAAUAAAGCAAAUAACAGCACUCAUUUUAUUUCUGUUGUUUUGAGGGGCAAGGGGAUUUUACAGUCCAGCUAGAAAUAUAACAGGACAUAAAAAUACAGACAACCUUUCUUCUUCAUCUUGAUGGCCUAGAGUGGAGUUACUAGUUCUGUUACACAGAGCCUCUCUUUUUUUUUUUUUUUUUUUUUAUACUCGAGUGUUUUCUUCACUGCCUUUUGGCUGCUCCCUUCAAGAGGAUUUUCUGGUUUAUGAUUGUGGAUGACUGUCUCAUUGCUCUGAAAAUGACUUAAAAAGCUCUCUAAGUGUGGGGUUUGGUGUCUAAUUACUUUUACAACUAAGUGCUGCUUUUCAACCCAAAGGUAGACUAGCCAUAGCUUGUUUAUAAAUUUUGUUAAUGUGAAACUAAUCCCAGUCCUCUUGGGCCUCUUUUAUAAGGCCUCAUCGCAAUCCGAUGUAGAAAAGUUCACAGUCAGCUUCAGUAGUGGCUGGGUCUAGGUCACAGGGUGUGCUGCUGCUGUGAUUUGGAAAACUCUUGCAUAGUAUGUUUUUGGGUGAAUUUUUUGUUUGCCUAGGUGACUAUUGGAGACUUCAUCCUGCUUUCUUGUUGGACAAGCUUAUUCAAGGAGUGCUGUUUGUGUCACCUUUCUGGCUGAAGCUUUUUUUAAAAAAAAAAAACAAACAACCUACAACCCAAAACAAACAACAAACUAUGAUGGGCGUGGGGGUGUUUGGUAGGUUUUUUUUUGUUUUUUUUUUUAAAAGAAAAAUGUCUGAUCUAAGACACCCUGGCCAGGCAUCUGGUUCUUACUGUCUUCAAACAGCAUUCCUAAAUCACAGUUUGUGUUUGCCUCCAUUUGUGUCCUGUCUUUAUGUUUUUUCCAAAACCUGUCAUCGUUUCCCCUCCCACCUACCAAUUUUUCUAUAAUAUUUACUCUUACUUGCAGUACUGGUCAUGAUCUUGCAGCAGUCACAUGAUGACGGUGAUGUCUUUGUCUAAUAGUUUUCAGCACGUACUGUUGGGCCCUUCUUCCACUAAAUACUCAUGUCCAAAUCUUUCAGGUUUUUUUGCUUUUUCCUGAUAACACUGAUUAAAUAUUGAUGUCAUGUACAAUUAUAAGACACCUUUCUUAACCUCAGGGAGACUCCCACUUAAAGUGAAUUUAAAAGUGUUAAGCAAAUUCAAGUCUGCUCUUGUACAAUAUAACGGUUGUUGAAUGGUACAGCACCUUUACACUGUGUACAUAAAUAAAAGUAUUUUAUUGAA